CUGUCUCGUUCUAAUCUCACAUGAACCAUACCUUUCUCUAACAUCACUCUCCCUUUACACAACCUCCCAAAAAUAGACCUCUCCUUCUCUUCCUCUCCGUUACAUUCUUCGCUCACCAAAAAAGCCUCUCACUUUCUUUCCUUUUCUCUUUCAUUUAUUUACUGUAAUAACCUUCUCUGUUUUGCCCCAAUGGAACAACAACAACAGCAACCACCAACUCCGGAGCUCCUCCUUGUCGCCGGUAACGCCGACUCUUUCGUCGUCGACGACCUUCUUGACUUUUCUAACGACAACGGCCAACCUGAAGACGUAUUUGAAUCCUCUCCUGACUCUUCUGUCGUCUCCGCCGGUACACUCGCCGAUAGCUCCAACUCCUCGUCGCUUUUCACCGACGGCAGUUCGUUUUCCGACGACCUCUGUGUUCCGUGUGAGGACUUAGCUGAGCUAGAGUGGCUAUCAAACUUCGUGGAAGAAUCAUUCUCAAAAGAAGACCAAGACAAGCUCCAGUUACUAUCCGGCUUACAAAAACCUCAAACCACCGGUUUAACCCAAACCUACCAAACUAAACCAGAACCAGAACCCGAACCAGAACUGGAUCAAAUCUUCAUCCUCACCGACACCGAUGACUCCAACGUUUCUUUUCCCGCCAAAGCGAGAAGCAAGAGAUCACGCUCUGCAGCCUCCACGUGGGCCUCCCGUCUUCUAGCCCUCGCCGGCGGCUCCGACGAACCCUUUCCUAAGAAGAAACAACACCACAGAGUCAUCAAAGAACACGACUUCGCCGGAGAAACCGACGGAGAUAGCGGAGAAGCCGGAGGAGAGAGACGGUGUCUCCACUGCGCGACGGACAAGACGCCGCAGUGGAGGACGGGGCCGAUGGGACCGAAGACGCUCUGCAACGCGUGCGGCGUGCGGUACAAAUCAGGAAGGCUCGUGCCGGAGUACAGACCGGCUUCGAGCCCGACGUUCGUUACGGCGAGGCACUCGAACUCGCACAGGAAAGUGAUGGAGCUCCGGCGACAGAAGGAGAUGCGAGACGAGCAUUUGCUGAGUCAGCUUAGAUCCAACGGUGAAGAUUUCUUAAUCCAUUGUAAUAACAACCACGUGGCUCCUGACUUUAGACACUUAAUCUGAUCCACGUGGAUAGAUUCACAAGAAUAAGUUCUUUAAUCUUUUCUUUUUUUUUUAGGUUUUUCCUGUUUUUUUUCUUCUCGCUUUUUAACAUCUUGUUUGAUUUUAUUUCAUGCAGAACACU